AUGCAAUCCAGUAUAGAUCUACUUCUUCCGCCACUCUUCCCUGUUACCGACGAUGAUCAUGGUGCUUGGGUUAUUACCGUCAGCACUAUUUUACUUUUUAUCACUGUCCUUGCAACGACAGUAACGUUAAUAUCUCGGAUUCGCGUUCUACGGAAGAUCUCCUGGAGCGACUGUAUUGUACUCUUCAGUUGUAUUCUAUUCAUUCCACAGUCCGUCUGCAUUAAUAUAGCAAGCUCCCAUGGUAUCGGGAAACACCGAAAUGCCCUAAAUGAUACCUCAUUCGAAAUAUACAGCAAGGCACUAUACGCUAGCCAACUCCUCGCCAUCCUCGUUCUGGGAUGCUCCAAGGCCGCCGUCGUGCUUCUAGUACUAUCCUUACAACCAUUCGAGAGAAUCACCAUCGCAUGCAAGGUUGCCCUCUGCCUAAUCGGGACAUGGAGCUUGACCGCCUUUAUAGCACUCAGCACACAAUGCAAUCAGCCACGACCAUGGGACUUCAGACCAGAUCGCUGCAUCAACCAAGAAGCUUUGUACAUCACAUUAGGCGGCAUUCAUAUGAUAUUAGACUUGGUCUCCCUACUACAUCAAGUCCAGAUAAUACAGUGGAAGCGGCAUCAAAUCUCUGCACUUUUUGCGAUGCGUAUACUCGUUCUGGCGCUCACCAUUGCCGGCCUACGCUCCGUCCGGCCCUUAUUCCAUUCUAUACCACUAGAUCAACCGUGGAAUGCUCUCAUGCCCGCAAUCUGGCUGCAGCUGAUCUUGAGUUCCUCGAUUAUCUGUACAUGCAUCCCGACCCUCAAGCGCGUGCUGGUCGAUCUUCAGACUGGUAUGAUGGCUGGAACAAUAUCUGUAUUCCUUGAGCAGUCUGUCUCCGGUCAUAACAGCCAGGAAAAUUCUUCGCCAUCCAAGGAAAAGGACUCGGUUGGGCAGAAAUCCGGAUCGGGAUUGGCAUCCCAGUAUCGUGUUCGAAGAGAUUCACUUGAUGCUGAGCUCAUGGGCAGCUAUUCGACCAUGCGCGACACCGUUAUCGAGCGGGAUAUCUACCUCGGGGUUCGGAAUGGACACCCUUAG